UGCUGAUCCGUAAAAUGAUCCGAUCCGUGACUGAAAUCCGUGAUACGAUCCGAACCGUGAGUUUUGUGAUCCUAGUUAAUCUACAACAUAGAGACUGGGUGUGGCAGUGGUGGAGGAAGGGGUUAAAUCUGGCCGGAGCUUUCAGACUCUGUGUGAUGCUGAUAGAUGUGUAAUGUAACUCCUUUCCUCUGACUUUAAUGAACAGCUGUGGCUGUCACACAGCAGCAGCAUCCAUACCAGUGUCUCCAGACUGGGAGACAGCGGUGUUUCUCUGCUAUGGAUCAGUGUGAGGACAGAGAGGAGGGAGUCCCUCCCUCUAAAAGCUCUCUGUGUGGGGAACAUGACAGCCAGACCAAAGCUCAGAGAACAAAGAAGCAGCACAGACCAGAACCUGGACUCAGACCUGAACCUGGACCUGGACCCAGUUGUUUGUCCUUCAGGAGCGACCGGUCAAAGGAUGCUGUUGUUCAUUUUAAACAAGAUCCUUUAUCUGAUAAAAAGAUCCAUCAGAGACCAGAAUCUCCUGGACCUCCAUCCAGCUGUGUGUCCUUCAGGAGCGACAACUCAAAGGAUCUUAUUAUUAACUUUAAAGGACGACGUCCUGCUGGUCAGAAAGUGUACCAGGAGAGCUCAGAGGUUCCCAGUGGUCAGUCUGCCCAGCAGCAUCAAACACACCUGGACUCCAUAUUUAUGCUGCUGGAGGAGAACAUCGUCACUUUUGUGAAGAAUGAGCUGAAGAAGAUGCAGAAGGUUCUGAGUCCAAAUUACCCAGAAUGCUUAGAGAGUCAGAGGGAGGAUGAGGAGGUGUUGGACAGUAAGGAGGAAGAGCAGAGGAGGAGCAGCAGAGAGGCAUUUCUGAAGAUCACACUGCACUUCCUGAGGAGAAUGAAGCAGGAGGAGCUGGCUGACCGUCUGCAGAGCGGGACUCCUGCUGGCAGGUGUCAACGUAAACUCAAGUCUAACCUGAAGAAGAGGUUCCAGUGUGUGUUUGAGGGGAUUGCUAAAGCAGGAAACCCAACCCUUCUGAAUCAGAUCUACACAGAGCUCUACAUCACAGAGAGAGGGACUGCAGAGGUCAAUGAUGAACAUGAGGUCAGACAGAUUGAAACAGCAACCAGGAAACCAGACAGACCAGAAACAACCAUCAGACAAGAAGACAUCUUUAAAGCCUCACCUGGAAUAGAUGAACCAAUCAGAACAGUGAUGACAAAGGGAGUGGCUGGCAUUGGGAAAACAGUCUUAACACAGAAGUUCACUCUGGACUGGGCUGAAGACAAAGCCAACCAGGACAUACAGUUCACAUUUCCAUUCACUUUCAGAGAGCUGAAUGUGCUGAAAGAGAAAAAGUACAGCUUGGUGGAACUUGUUCAUCACUUCUUUACUGAAACCAAAGAAGCAGGAAUCUGCAGGUUUGAAGACUUCCAGGUUGUGUUCAUCUUUGACGGUCUGGAUGAGUGUCGACUUCCUCUGGACUUCCACAACAAUAAGAUCCUGACUGAUGUUACAGAGUCCACCUCAGUAGAUGUGCUGCUGACAAACCUCAUCAGGGGGAAACUGCUCCCCUCUGCUCGCCUCUGGAUAACCACACGACCUGCAGCAGCCAAUCAGAUCCCUUCUGAGUGUGUCGGCAUGGUGACAGAGGUCAGAGGGUUCACUGACCCACAGAAGGAGGAGUACUUCAGGAAGAGAUUCAGAGAUGAGAAGCAGGCCAGCACAAUCAUCUCCCACAUCAAGACACCAAGAAGCAUCCACAUCAUGUGCCACAUGCCAGUCUUCUGCUGGAUCACUGCUACAGUUCUGGAGGAUGUGUUGAAAAGCAGAGAGGGAGGAGAGCUGCCCAAGACCCUGACUGAGAUGUACAUCCACUUCCUGGUGGUUCAGUCCAAACUGAAGAACUUCAAGUAUGAUGGAGGAGCUGAGACAGAUCCACACUGGAAUGCAGAGAGCAGGAAUAUGAUUGAGUCUCUGGGAAAACUGGCUUUUAAACAGCUGCGGAAAGGCAACCUGAUCUUCUAUGAAUCAGACCUGACAGAGUGUGGCAUCAAUAUCAGAGCAGCCUCAGUGUACUCAGGAGUGUUCACACAGAUCUUUAAAGAGGAGAGAGGGCUGUACCAGGACAAGGUGUUCUGCUUCGUCCAUCUGAGUGUUCAGGAGUUUCUGGCUGCUCUUCAUGUCCAUCUGACAUUCAUCAACUCUGGAGUCAAUCUGCUGGCAGAGGAACAAACAACAUCCCAGAAGUCUGAAACAAGAGAAGACAAAUCUGCAGAGAAACAUCUCUACCAGAGUGCUGUGGACGAGGCCCUAAAGAGUCCAAAUGGACACCUGGACUUGUUCCUCCGCUUCCUCCUGGGUCUUUCACUGCAGACCAAUCAGACUCUCCUACGAGGUCUUCUGACACAGAGAGGAAGUAGCUCACAGACCAAUCAGGAAACAGUCAAGUACAUCAAGAAAAAGAUCAGUGAGAAUCUGUCUGCUGAGAGAAGCAUCAAUCUGUUCCACUGUCUGAAUGAACUGAAUGAUGAUUCUCUGGUGGAGGAGAUCCAGUGGUAUCUGAGUUCAGGAACUCUCUCCACAAAGAAACUGUCUCCUGCUCAGUGGUCAGCUCUGGUCUUCACCUUACUGUCAUCAGAAAAAGAUCUGGACAUGUUUGACCUGGAGAAAUACUCUGCUUCAGAGGAGGUUCUUCUGAGGCUGCUGCCAGUGGUCAAAGCCUCCAACAAAGCUCUACUGAAUGGCUGUAACCUCUCAGAGAGAAGCUGUGCAGCCCUGUCCUCAGUUCUCAGCUCCCAGUCCUCUAGUCUGAGAGAGCUUGACAUGAGUAACAACAACCUGCAGAAAUUAGAACUGCUGUCUGCUGGACUGGAGAGUCCACACUGCAGACUGGAAACUCUCAGGCUUACUAGCUGUGGACUAUCAGAGAGUCACUGUGAAGUUGUGGCCUCAGCUCUGAAGUCCAGCACCUCCCAUCUCAGAGAGCUGAACUUUAGUAAAAAUAACCUGCAGGAUUCUGGAGUGAAGCUACUUUCUGCUGCACUGGAGAGUCCAAACUAUAGACUGGAGACUCUGAGAUUGAGUUUCUGUAGUUUGUCAGAGGACAGCUGUGCUUCUCUGGCCACAGCCCUGAAAUCCAACCCCUCCCAUCUGAGAGAGCUGCAGUUGAGCUACAACAAGCUUCAGGAUUCAGGAGUGAAGCUGCUGUGUGAUUUUCUGGAGAGUCCACACUGUAGACUGGAGACUCUGAGAUUAAAUCUAUGUGGGCUAUCAGUGAUCAGCUGUGAUUCUCUGGCCUCAGUUCUAAAGUACAACGCCACCCAUCUGAGAAAUUUGGAGCUGAGCUACAACAAGCUUCAGGAUUCAGGAGUGACGUUUCUAUGCAAUUUUCUCGAAAGUCCACACUGUAGACUGGAGACUCUGGGAUUGAGUUUUUGUAGUUUGUCAGAGAACAGCUGCGCUUCUCUGGCCACAGCUCUGAAAUCCAACCCCUCCCAUCUGAGAGAGCUGCUGCUGAGCUACAACGAGCUGCAGGAUUCAGGAGUGAAGCUACUUUGUGAUUUUCUGGAGAGUCCACAUUGUAGACUGGAGACUCUGAGCUGGGAGUGUUGAUCUGACAGAGGAAUCAGAAGAAGUGGAGAUGACUCUCAGUGCUGCAAUCUGAACUGAUCUGAGAACAGCUCCACUGUCAGACACAAAAUCAGGUCCACCAUCAUCUCUGUGUGUUCCUCUGGAUCUGACAGCGUAUCAUCAGUGUAUCUGGACUGCUCUGUCCUUCUACACAGUCUCUGCAGACAAAAUGAGACUACUCCACUUAACCACCUCCUCCACCCUCCACCUGCUCCUGAAUGAACAGCAGGGGCUUGUUUAGAAAAACUUCUAAAAGUCAUGUCUUUGUAUUUAAGUUUAAAUUUGAUCUAAAACUGAGAUCUCUUACCUUUUUACUUUCAAACAUGUGACCAUCUGUAUCUGUUGAAACUGCAGAUAACUGCAGAAUCAUUUGGCACUAUAAGACUUAUGGCAUCUUUACUUUAAGUAAAGUCUAUAAAUUAAAAGUAAAAAUGGUUUGGUCCCACUGAGUCCAACAGAGACUGAAAGAAAACACAGCUCACAUCAUCAUAAUGAACAUAUCCUGAAGAAUAUUAGAUAAACUCUGGAUAAUGAUGUUUUCUGUAGUGACCACUAGAUGGAGCCACAACUGAUGUGGACUGAAGGAAACCUGAGCAGUUUGAAAUGAUACUACAACACAGAUAAAGUGUUUAAACUGUAGAGACCUCAAGUAGUACUUCAUGGGUAUUGCAGUACUCAACUACAAACUAUAACUGAGAUGGCACCAAGUUAUAUAAAAUGUCAAAAAAAUUUAAAUUCACGUUUAAACUCACCUUCAGUUUCCUCCUUCAGAGGAUUCUAUAAACUUUC